CUGCACUUCUGGCCCCCAAAGUGGUCGCCUGCCUUUUCUUUGAAAUCUCUGGCUGUGCCGCUUUGUUCCCUCUCCUCCCAGCUUUCUUACGUUACCCGUUACCCUUCCCGCUGUGCUUCGUGUCAGCUUGCUUUUGCUGCUGGAAAGACUCAACACCACCCCCGCCUCGCCGCUCCAGCAGCCCGCACCACACAUCUUGCUUCGCGAGCGCAACAUCUGUCGAUUCCUAAACCCUUUCCAGACGCCUGAGGUUUUCUAGCGCUGUCGCUCCAACCAUCACGAUGCCCCGCGCCGACUUUUGGGACGAAGAGGAUGAGUGGUACCACUCUGAUCGGUUUGUUAGUGGUGCCCGCCAUGUUCCCCCUCCACGCGGUCGCCGCAUCGAUGACUUCGGUCGUCACAGCGAGAGAGACUUCCUCGUCCCUGAGGCGCGUACCUUUUCCACUGGCCUCCACCGCACUCGCUCCCAGGGACAUUCUCCCGCCCCUAAUGUAACCAUCUAUAACACCACUCGCAUGGACAACGAGAGCAGCCCCAACGUGCGCACCGAACAGCGCAGCCCGGCGCCCAGCCCUCGUGCCGCAAGUCCACGCGGUCGCCCUCUCAGGAUGCCUGGCGAGUGGGGACUCGAAGACGAGCUCGCCGAGCUGCGGUUGGAGGUCGCGAGGCAACGACGCUCACGCUCACGGUCGGCACACCAUCACCACCACGAUGGUUCUCCCGACAACGCCUAUGAUAAAUGGCAGCUGCAAAUGGCCAAUGAGCGUCUUAAAGAAGCCGAGGAAAAACUCGCCAUGGAGAAGCGCGAGGAACUCAUUAAAAAGAGGAUGGAGCUCAAAUACCUCAAGGACAAGGCAGAGCGCGAUGAGGAGGAAGCGCGCAUCAAGCUCGAAGAGGACCGCCUCAAGAAGGACUGGGAGCUCAAGAUGGAGCAGGAGGCACGCAAGCGGGAACAACGCGCAAAGGAGGCAGAGGAAGAGCGGAAGCGCAUUCUCAUGGAGAACCAAAUCAAAUUCGACAAAGCAGAGGAGGAGCGGAAGAGGAUCGUAAUGGAGAACACGAUGAAGAUGGAGAAGGCCGAGCGUGAGCGUAAAGAAGCUCAGCAGCGGGCCGUUGACGAAUACAACAAAGAGAAGGCGGAAAAAGAGAGAAAGCAAAAGGAAGAGAGGGAGCGCGCCAUUGCCGAAUACGAACGCCAGAAGUUUGAGGAUUCCGAGAAGCAAAAAAAGCAACGUGAGGAGUUGAUCAUGCAGCUCAAGAUCGAAGAAGAGAAGCAAAAGGCUAAAGAGAAAGAGGAGUGGGAGAGGUUCCUUCGAAAGCAGAAAGAGAAGGAGGAUGAAGAGAAGGAGAAGAAAAAGAAGCAAGAACAGGAACUCGAAGACCAAAUGCGCAAGCGUCUCGCUCACUUCGGCUUCCAAGAGAACCAGAUCCAAGCCAUGAUCAAGCCUGAGGAGGCGGCCAAACUCCAGCAGCAACAGGCUCUGACUGCUGGCAUGUCGCCUCUCAACCCGCUGCGACUAACGCAUCAGCCCACGUAUGUUAAAGUGCACAAGGACCAUCUCGCGAUCGACACCUUAUUAUACUACGACAUCCCCUAUGAAGUUGACCCAGGUGAUCCUAACUACAUCAUCAUUCUUCGCGAAAUGGACUCUAAGGAAACCGAGAUUCUAUUUGAGCAUACUCGCCGCCUCCGAUCUAAGCACAGCACGCGUCUUCUCAUUGAAGAGCGACACGAUCACGGAAAGCCUGACUAUGCCUGGGUGCGCCGGAGGAAGUACUCAGUAUCGCCGUCGCGGCGCCGAAGUUCUCCAAAGCGGGUUGUUGGGAUCAAGGAGAUGUUCUAUUAAUGGUUGGAUGCACUUAUGAGUUCAUGUGCAAGUGACAGUUGGAAGAUAAUGUCCCUUUCAUGAAUGCUAUGACACGGAAGUAUGUGGUCCGGAUUCGUUGAGAGUUGGAGGGCAUUGCGACGUUUCAGUUCAUUCUUCUUGGUUAUACUUGAUUCCGAGGCUAUAUCCUUGCCGUUGAUAUCUGCUCUGAGGGCUGCUCUUCGGAUUAGUAUGGUUCUCUGAUGGAGAUGUGCUCCCCGGAGACGGGAUGGCGUCUGACGUUUGGGUUUAUUUUUAAUUUUGAUUUCCAUGUGGAUACAAGACUACAAUUUGCAAGUGAUUUUUGGUCCCUCUCCACUAAUUUCAC